CAAAAAUCAAAUGAAACGUUUUAACUCGUAGAUUAUAAGAAUCAAACGUAUAAUUUUCGCAAGUGCAUUUAUUAUUGGAGUAUAAUUUAAUUAAUAAUGCGUAAACUAUUUGGCUCUCCCAAUUUAAAUUUGUUGUUUCACUCUGGGAGUGGGAGUGGGAGUGAUAGUGAUAGUGAUAGAUGGGUCAUGUGGCAAUUCUCAAAUUUGUAUGAUACACCUUCUAAUUCAAAAUUUCCCCCGUGAAGUAAUCCCUAAAACCCGACAAUAACCAUUGUCUAAUUCUCUCUCACAUUCGAUCCAUUUAACCCAAAAUGAAAUCGUGGAGUCCCAAUUAUCAUCAUUAUGUGUUCUUCCUCCACAUUCUUCUCUUGCUCAUCCAAUCUUCCUCAAGUCUAAAGAUUGGAGAAACAUGUAGGAAUGAUAAUGAUUGUGAUGCGGGUCUGCGGUGUGAAACUUGUGGUGCAAAUGGAAAUACUAGACCCAGAUGUUCACGGUUUCAACCCGUUAAUCCAACUUUAAAGGUAAAAGGAUUGGCGUUCAACAAAUACUCAUGGUUAACGGCUCAUAAUGCAUUUGCAAUGACAGAAAAUUCAAUUUCUGCUACUGGUACUAUCCUUUUAGCUCCUUCCAAUCAAGAAGAUUCCAUUACAUCCCAGCUUCGGAAUGGUGUUCGAGGGCUGAUGUUGGACAUGUAUGACUUCCAGAAUGACAUAUGGUUAUGCCAUUCAUUUGGAGGCAAGUGCUUCGAUUUCACAGCAUUUCAACCAGCAAUUAACGUUCUCAAAGAAAUAGAGAAUUUUCUGCAAAGAAACCCGACAGAAAUCGUUACAAUCUUCAUUGAGGAUUAUGUGACCUCACCAAAGGGCCUCACCAAAGUGUUCAAUGCAGCAGGGCUCGGAAAAUUCAUGUUCCCUUUAUCCCGGAUGCCCACAAAUGGAAGUGAUUGGCCAAAUGUGGAUGAUAUGGUGCAGAAAAACCAGCGAUUGGUGGUCUUCACUUCUAUGAAAUCUAAGGAAGCGUCUGAAGGGAUUGCCUAUCAGUGGAAGUAUGUCGUAGAAAACCAAUAUGGGGAUGAAGGUAUGGUAGCCGGUUCAUGCCCAAACCGCGGUGAAUCACCAGCAAUGAACACCAAUACAAUCCCUCUUAUUCUAGUGAAUUACUUCCCAACUAAUCCCAAUAAAUCAAGAGCUUGCAUGCAGAACUCAGCUCCCUUGAUAAACAUGGUUAAUACUUGCUUAGAACAAGAUGGAAAAAGAUGGCCCAACUUCAUUGCUGUUGACUAUUACCAGAGGAGUGACGGCGGUGGAGCUUCUGAGGCAGUUGAUCAAGCCAAUGGUCAUCUUACUUGUGGGUGUGACAAUAUUGCCUAUUGCAAGAAAAGUGGAACCUUUGGCUCAUGCGACAUCCCGAAACUCGCUCCUCCACCACCUGCCGCAUUACCAUCAUCACAAAGUGAGCGUUCAUCUACUCAAUCUAGUCACGCCCAUACAAAUAACCAUAAGGCUCAGCAUCAUUGGUUGUAUGCCUCAUUUCUUGCGUCGAUAAUCUUGUUUAUUUGUUAGUCGUCUUGUAAUCCUUUUUCAUCUUAGUAUCGCUAAUGAUGUCUAUUCGUUCUAAAUUUCAUCACUUGUGUAAAAUAUGUAUUGUAUUUAUAUGUUUUAAAACUAUUCUUAAUCAGAUUUUAUUACUAGUGUAACACUCCGGCCCCUCGGACCGCUGAUGACUACUUAUGGGGACUGUAGACUAGCCCCACAAACCAACACAAGUCUUUCCAGCGCACUUUGGCCUCACUCGUGCGCAUCCGGGAACACCUCCCUGGAGGUCACCCAUCCUAAGAUUGCUCCCCACCAAGCAUGCUUAACUGUGGAGUUCUUAGCAAUUGAGCUCCCUAAAAAAGAAGAUGCAUCUUGUUGAUAUGAGUAGUCUAUCAAUCAUU